AUGGUACGUGUGUCUGUGCUACGUGAUUGCCUCAACUCAAUCUUGAACGCCGAGAAGGCCGGUAAGAGGCAGGUCCUCGUCCGACCUUGCUCUAAGGUCAUCGUCAAGUUCUUGCAGGUUAUGCAAAAGAAUGGUUACAUUGGCGACUUCGAGAUCGUCGAUGAUCAUCGUGCCGGCAAGAUCAUUGUCAACCUCAACGGUCGUAUCAACAAGUGCGGUGUCAUAUCCCCCCGAUUCGAUAUCGAGACCGGCGACAUGGAACAGUUGGCCUCCGAUCUCUUGCCUUCCCGUCAGUUCGGUCACGUCGUGCUCACUACCCCUUACGGCAUCAUGGACCACGAAGAGGCCCGUCGUAAGCACACUGGUGGCAAGGUCGUUGGCUUCUUCUUCUAAGUCAACAACCGGUUAUCAUUCACCUACCACUGUCGACUGUGUAACAGCCAUUGACUCUCUGGGGGUUGAAGAAGAAGGUUUCUCCAAGAAG